CGUGCAUGCAAUAUGAGUUUCAAAUUUUAGUUGCUAUAGCGACGCGUGUUAUGAAUUCUGACUGAAUAUAUACACUCGAACCGAUCACUGCCUGUUGGUUGAGAGACGAGGCGAAUUUACAGACUUUUGCAGACUAUUUUCUGUGCGAAUCUUGUGACUUUGAAGCUGUUCGGAGGAUUUCUGAGAGGAGACUUUUAUUCUAGAAGACAUCGCAGGAUAUAUCCUUUUUAUAGAAAGUUAUAUUUUUGAAAGAGUUCCUAUUAUUUUUGAGGAUACUUUUAUUUUAUUGUUCUUCUCUUAGUUUAGAAGGAGUUUGUUUUUAUUUAAUUUUUUUAUUAAUUUUUGUUUUAUUUUAUUUAUUUAUUUAUUUUUUCUUGGGAGGAGUAUUUCUGAGGAGAGUUGUAUUUUAUUGUAUUGCAUCUUGUAUUGUAUUUUGUAUAGUUUUUAUUGCAGGAAGAUGUCGAUGGGUGAAAUAGGAGACCCAGUUCUGAUGAUCAGGAUCCGCUGCCAGACACAGAGCCAGGAGCUUCCUGGAUAUUUAACACCUCUGUCUUCUGAGGCUGUUUCUAUGUCCACAGGUCAGGUUCACAUCAACGUUGAUGCAGUGUCCAGGUCCGACAGCUUCGAUGGAUUGCUGUGCCCUCCGCUGCCAGGUCAAGUUCCUGCUGAGCCAAAGGAGACGUCAAGUGGCCUAACUGCCCAGGGUGCCAUGGAGGCUUCUCCUGUGAGCGAGAGCUCAACAGAAAAACCUACAGAACGCAGGAAGAGGAAAAUAAUUUGUUCUUUCCUCAACAGGCUGUGGAAGGCGAUGAAGAGUCCUUUCCGGUGCUGUUGCCCCUGUAGUCAUGUGAAUGUUGUGGAGCCUGAUGUCCCUCCACCAGAUCUGGAGCCAGAGCCUGAUCCCGAGCCACCAUCACCUGCUCCAGAUCACUCCCGCGUCAAGCCAAUUAACGAGUCCUUUGAGUCUCUGUAUAACGUGGGAGAGAUGCUUGGAUCUGGAGGAUUUGGCAGGGUGUACAAGGGAACCCGCAAAUUUGAUGGCAAAAAGGUUGCCAUCAAGCAGAUGCUCAAGAUUGACAACGAUCGUUAUCUUCAUAUUCCUGGGCAUCCCAAACCUCUGGUUACUGAAGUGGCGCUGCUGCUGAUGAUGAGGCGAGAACCCAUAAGCCCCUUCGUCAUACAUCUAUACGAGUGGUUUGAACAUCCUCAAACAUUCACUCUCGUUAUGGAGUACCCGGAACCCUGCGGGAGCCUGCAUGACUUCAUCACCCGUAACCCUCAGCUGUGUGAACCAGCCGCACAGGUCAUCAUGCUACAGGCUCUGCUGGCGGUACGACACUGCAUCGAGCAUGGUGUUUUUCACCAUGACAUCCAUGCUCAGAAUUUCCUGUUGAACAAAGACACGUUUCAUCUCACGCUGAUAGACUUUGGCUGUGGUCAGCUAUUUAGUAGUGAUGGCUAUGAGAGCGACAUAUACAUUGGAGCGCCGGAUUACUGCCCACCUGAAGUCCUGACCAAACCUCGCUUCCACGCCAUCCCAACAAAUGUCUGGGCGCUAGGAGUCUUGUUGUACAAGAUGGUGAACGCAUGUGGUCCUUUUCGCAGUAGAAGAGAAAUCACACAGGCCAAAAUUACAUUUCAGAACUCCACAUUAUCCGAAGAAUGUACAGAUCUGAUUAGCCAGUGCCUAGCCCGGGAUCCAACUAAACGGCCUACGUUAGAGCAGAUGUUUCAGCAUGAAUGGAUUACAAGUGAUCUAGAUUGGGAAAGUUCAGGAGAUUCAAUCCGUCUGUGAUUUCAGGAAAUAACAUACUUGCUGUCCUUGAUGGAAGACUUGACCCGAAUCCUGAAGUCCAACCCCAAACUGACAGGGAACUCAGAGCCCGUCCACGUCUGAGCAAGAACGCGAGAGACUGCGAGACUGGAACCAAAUCAUCACGGCCACAUUUGCUUUGAUUUAAAAGUCAUUUUUGCUUUGUUUUUUUAAAAAGACAAGACACGUCAUCUUUAUUUAUAUAGCGCCUUGUAUAUGACCAAUCUGUACAUAUGUAUAUAUCAUGUUUUGAAUUAAAGAAAUGUUUUUUAACAGUCUCGGCCUAUGAGGAACCUUUGAAGUGAAAAGGCAAAGACCUAUUUUUGUGCUUCCCAAAAUAAAACUAAAUAAAAAUGUAAAUAAAAAUCUAUAUGA